UCAAGCCUCUCGAAACUGAAUUGGUGCCGCAGCCACUGCAGUCCCCUUUUCACAACAUGUUUUUCGGAACCUGAGUGGGUGAAUGACUUCGUUGUUGUGUUGAAGAAAAGAUCUCUAAUUGUACCACCAUGGCUGCCCAGGUAACAGAAGCAGACCAGAUUAAACAGUUCAAAGAAUUUCUUGGUACCUACAACAAACUCACAGAGAACUGCUUCAUGGACUGUGUGAAGGAUUUUACCACUAGAGAAGUAAAGCCAGAGGAGUCCACCUGCUCUGAGAGCUGUCUUCAGAAGUACCUGAAGAUGACCCAGCGCAUCUCCAUGCGCUUCCAGGAGUACCACAUCCAGCAGAACGAAGCUCUGGCACAGAAAGCAGGUUUAAUCGGACCACGGUAGAGAACUACCGCCCUUUAAACAUGGACAGAUAACACCAGGAGUCCCCCAUUCAGUCUGAUCACAACAUGAUCUCCACACCACCAUGGAGCUGUUAUUUGUGAAUCAGCGGAUGGCUAACCUACAUCAUCUACUUUUCAGGCUGAUGACUGCUUGGACACUUCUAACCAGAAGCCUCAUAAGGAAAAGCCUGAUCAUGAUGUAUGAGAUCAUGCUGAUUUUUGAUCCAGGCAGAUCUAGAAUUUUUGUUUGUUAUUAUAGUGUAUGUAAAGUAUUAUUUGUGUCUAUGCGAAGUAAGAAUAAGAUACUGGUAAUAACAACUUGGAGUGUUAAUAAUUGUCCCCUUUUUCCCUAUACAAAUCCUUAUUUGUCAAUAAAUGUCUUGUUCCACUCAA